AUGGGUAUCCUCUCUCUUCUGUCCGAGAUCAUCGGCAACAUCUGUCGAUAUGUUGGCGCAGUUGUCAAAGAAGAUCAGAACACAUUUGUCAGGUACAAAAAUCAGGAUCUACAAUCACUACGCCUGACGUGCUGGUAUCUUCUACCUCAAGUCAAACCGUCUUAUAUCGGCCCCCGACCCGAGUUUGAGGCUGAAGUUAUGGGAGGAGACAUGAAUGAAGACGCAAAUUUUAGUGAGACAUUCUAUCUCCUAGUAGAGUAG